AGUCAAUCGUGAUGCUAUGUUGUUAGCUUGUUAGCUAGCCGUGUAAUUAUGAGACUAAGCUGUGUUUUCUGAAUAUUCUCGACCUUUCACUUGUGAUCAAAAGAAGCUCAAGAAUGGUCAUCAAUCUUUGUUUGCCACAGUUCCAAACAGCAAUUCACUGCAACAAGUUAUGUGCAGAUGGUUAUGACGUCACAAACCUCGUGUCAGCUGACCCGGCCGUGAGGAGGCGGGGCUUCAAACUGGAGUAUUACCUGCGUCCCCCUCUUCAGGUGACAUUAACAUUUAAAUGCAAAGUGGAGUUAUGCAGAGUGGAUGUGGAGCUGUGGCCCUGGGGCAUGGACCGAGGACAGGCCUGUAAGAAACUUGAAAUCAGCACCUGCUCUGGGUCCUUAUCGUCUACGUCAUGUAACCAAAAUCAGCAGAACAGAACUCUAAAUCAUCCGCAAAGAAAAGACUGUAAAGAUGGUAACCUUUCGCAAACUAAUGGAGGUUUUUGGAGAGAGCGGGCACAGAACUGGAGCGGAAACGAACCCCAGUGUACCACAAAUCAGUUUAACGGGGAUUUCAAACUAGUGGGACGCUGUGAGCUGAGAGAGGAAACCAGAGUAUGUUUCUCUCAUAAAUCUUUUAAGCCCCGACCUCCAUUCCAGCACCCGACUCCUCCUUCGCCUCCACCCACAAACUGCCGCCAUGAUGAGCUGUGGAGCCGGGGGCCGCAGUCGUUGGGUGCCGUAACACAGCUGCGCGUGGCUCUGCCUUUUGGGGGCGCUGCGUCUGCUCUGGGACUGAAAGCGCUGUCAGUGUGGGGUCAGCCGGCAAAGUGUUGUACAGCAGAGGAAGUGGAGAGGAUAAGAAACGCUCAUGAGGCCAGUGAGAGGCUGACCCAAACUGCGGUAUCGGUUACUCCUGUUCGUCCCACCAAACUUCAACAAAAAGCAACCACAUCUCAAAGUUCUUCAGUGCCAGAAGAGUUCCUCGACCCCAUCACACAGGAGAUGAUGGUUCUGCCUAUGCUGCUCCCUAGUGGCGUGUCAGUGGAUCACAGCACUUUAGAGGAAUACCAGAAGAGAGAAGCCACGUGGGGUCGUCUGGCUAAUGACCCCUUCACCGGAGUCACAUUCACCGCCUCCUCCCAACCUCUGCCCCAUCCACAGCUCAAAGCCCGCAUAGAUCACUUUCUCCUGCAGAGGGGGCAGCUGAGCAUAGACGGGAGGUUGGGGAGGCAGGCGGAAGCGAGAACUCCGCAUCCUUCAAGACUUGUAGUUACAGAAAGAGACAAAAGAACUUGUAGCACUGAACAAAAUGAGAUUAAAGCUUUUAAAUUAAAUACAUGUGCUAACGACGUAUCAGAAGAUGAUCAGGAGAGUCUGCUACCUCAAGCAAAAAGACCAAGAAAUGACCAAGUCUCAGAGGCCACCUGUACUUCUCAUGAACAGCGUUUGUCAGCCAGUCUGGAUGAGGCUCUCUCCACCGCUCUCCAGGGACGACCCUCCUUCACAUCCAACCUGAGUCUGAACCAGCCACAGCACAAGGAGGUUAAAGGAGCUACAAGCAAAGAUGAGAAGAUUUGCUCUGCCUGUUCCUGUUCCCUCUCCGUUUACUCCACACCUGCGUCUCCAUUCUAUCAGCUCACCUGCGGUCACUUUCUCUGUCGCUCCUGCCUGCACACUCCUUCUAAACCUCCAAACCCAACAUCGAUGCCCACCUCCAGAUACAUCUUCUGCACGACCUGCCACAGCUCCACGCCACGCAGCGACGUCACACGAGUACAUCACUGAACAGACCUAUCGUACGUAACCAAUGGCAUUACAGUAACUAUGGGGAAGAAGACACAGAGCAGAGAGUAAGGGCGUAAGGCAUCGCACACGUCUACAUUUGUAUGAAAAAUGUUACAUUUUGACAGAAAAUUAAAGGUACACUAUGUAACUUUCUAGUGGAGGGAUGACAAUAAGUAAUAAAACCAUAAGAAUAAUGACAAAUUUUAUCUUUGAAGACACAGGCAUUGCACACCUCUACAUUUGUAUAAAAAACGUGUUAAAUUUCUACAAAAAAUAAAGACACACAUGUAACUUUUCUAGUGGAGGGUCUGCUACCUGCUCGUAUUUAUGGAGAUGUUAUUGCUUAUUGCUUGGAAUAUUCCCCAUUAUUGCAUUAUUAUUAAACCUUUGUGAAGACAUGCCAGUCACCAGUCACAGAUCAGAUUUGUGAAGAGGUUACCCCACUCAGGGUAAGAGCGCACGUGUGUCAAGGUAUUUUUGAGCAAUAAAAAACACCUAAUUGAGUCAUUGAAUAGAUAGGUUUGAUGCUAUACUACGGGACAUUCUAGGCAAAACGAUAACAUUGCCGUGGAGACAAGAGGCACACUACCAGUCAAAAUUUGGACACACCAUCUUAUUCAAUGUUGUUGUUUUUUUUUUACUAUUUUCUACACUUUAUAUACAUACAGAAGACAUCAAAUAUAUGAAGUCAGACAUAAGAAAAUCUAAAUUAUUUCACCUUUUUCCCUUUACUACAUAACUGCAUACAUCUUACUUCAUAUAUUUGUUGUCUUCUGUGUGAGUAUAAAUUGUAGAAAAUAGUAAACAUAAAGGGAAAAAAAACAUGAAUGAGAGACCUUUUGAAAUUUCGACUGGAAGUGUAGCGCAGUUUCCAUCUGACCUGAAAGCACCCCGACAAUUAUCAAAACAGACAAAAACAUUGAAUGAAUUACCGUAAAUUUCGGACUACAGAGCGCACCUGAAUAUAAGCCGCACCAGCUAAAUUUGAAGAGAAAAUCAAUUUUGUCCAUAUAUAAACCGCACCUGAAUAUAAGCGCAGGUUUUCAUAUUGUAACAUGAGAUAUUUACACAGAAAGACGGUGCACCGACACCUGCCUGAAAAUUGGCACCAACACGACAUCAACACGGGAUGACCACACCUGCAGCUUUAGAAAAUAAAGCUGCACCAACACGGAAAAUCUGCUUUUAUUUCCUCUGAAAACUUUUGUCGUCUUUUUACAUUGACCAAGUUGGAUUCAUUGAUGUCGAGCUCACGUGCAGUGGCUCUAUUUCAGGGGUGGGCAACCCGCGGCUCCGGAGCCGCAUGCGCCUCUUUCAGCCUUAUACUGCGGCUCUGCGUGGCUUGGGAAAAUACAUUUUAAGUAUUUAAUUGAAGUGUAUUUUAUUUGUGUUAGCUCUUUUUUGUUGUAAUUUAAAUUGGAAGAUUAUUAUGAUCUUAAAAUAAAAUUAUAUUUUCUUAUUUUUCGUUGCUCAAAAUAAGCGUCACACUCGCGGAACAAUGUUCAAAACAAACACCGCUCACGUCUCACGUCUCACAGACACAGACACAGACACAGCUCACUGUCCUGCGUAUAGAGCCCUGAUUUUCAGACGCUGUGUGCACAGGGGUCAGGAGCAACUUUCGCCCGUCCCUAAUGACACACUAAUAAACUCGUCCGUAGCUGUAUCAUGAAAAUCCUGCUGGAAAUCGCCACAGAAAUCUAUUUGAUGUAGUAGCAAGUUUAUUAUCUGCUCUUGUCUCCGCAAUGACGUUUCACGUAUAACACAUCAGAUAUGUCGCACAAAAGUAGAGCCACAAGCGAGUGAAAAUGAGCCAAAACAAAAGUCUUUGGAGAGCUUUUAACAAAGGGGGAAAUGACAACUGAGGAGCCGGAAGAGGAGACCACGACCUCCAAGAAAAAGAAAGAUAAAUUUAACAGACAAUGCCUACUUAAAAUCUGGGUUUGUCGCUACAGGUGACUCUCACGCACAGUCCGCUCUGCGUAAUAUGCGGGAAAAGCAAAUGAGGCAAUGAAACCUUCAAAACUGCUUUGGCACGUGGAGAAUAAGCACCUGGGAUUAAACGAUACGCUUUUAGAGGUUUUGGGUUUUGUUUUUUUAAAGAAACUGCGGAGCAGAGUAGACAUAAUCACAUAAUCAGCGCAGAGCUCACACUGAUGCAGCGGUUUGGUGAGUUGUAUUUUUUUAUGCACUUAAGUUAUUUUUGCCAUAUUUAUCUGCCACGUGUAGAAGGCUUGUCCGUGAAAAUAAAACCUACAUUAUUCCGUUACAUUAUUAUUAUACACAGUGUUAUCUUCAUUUUAGAUGUCAAAAAGUAUUUGCGGCUCCCAGUGUUUUAUUUUACGUGGAAAGUGGGUCCAAAUGGCUCUUUGCGUGUUAAAGGCCGACCCCUGCUCUAUUUCCUUCUUUAUCUUAAAAACGGCAUCAUAUCCAUUUCAUGAUGCGCAAAAUGAUCGUUCAAAAUCAAAACUAGUGAAUUCUUCAGAGCAGAAUCUUUCCCCACGUCUGUCUCACUUUUACGUUUACAGCUAGAGAGCGCCCCCCAGGGGCCGUUAUCCAGUAAAAAUUCUAUAAAUAAGCCGCACUGCUGUAAAAGCCGCAGGGUUCAAAGCGUGGGGAAAAAGUAGCGUCUUAUAAUCCGAAAUUGACGGUAUGUGAAUUUAUGAAAGACGCAUCUCCUUUAUGUGUUGAGAUUUUCAUUGAAGAAAGAUUGAAGCCUUGUAACCUUGGUGCCUUCGCCCUUAUACGUCCAUUUUGUACCACUGACAAAGAUUGGAGGACAGCUCUAGCGAGAACAAGACGACACAGAUAAUAAAAGUGUAAAUUAGGUUGACCAAGGCUGUUUUUCUGUGCGUGGGAGCGGAUACAGUGGACGUGUUCAUUUCAUGUAUAUUGAUGGAGAAAUUACCAAAAUAUUAACUUAAAAUGUAAAAAAUACUGAAUAAAUGUUU